CAAGAAGUGUAUUAAUCGAUCGGCAUUCUACGCCAUUUUGCAUCGAAAGCGUCGUAUAUAAUAAAGCUCCGUUCUACGAUCUUCGCAACGAAAUUUGGAACAUCUAGCGACUAUGGGUGAGCGAGACAGCGACAAGGGCACUCGCGUAUUUGUGGGAGGGCUCACCGAAACAAUCAAGAAGGAAGAUUUGGAAGGUGAGUUUGAGAAGUAUGGAAAACUCAACUCCGUCUGGGUGGCAUUUAAUCCACCUGGCUUUGCCUUCAUUGAGUUCUGCAGUCAUGGUGAUGCAGAGACUGCCUGUGACAACUUGAAUGGCUCAGAUUUCCUCGGCUCCAAAUUGAGAGUUGAGAUAGCAAGAGGCUCUGGCAGACGUGGUGGAUUUAGAGGGGCACGAGGAGCUCGUAGAGGAUCAACUGGCAGAGGAGGAAAUGGUGGUGGUAGUUUUAGAAGCUAUAGUAAUGAACGUGGAAGUACUAGCUUCAGAGGUGCUCGUGGAACAAGAGGAUCAAGAGGUGGAGGAAGAUAUGAUGAUUAUGGUGCAAGGGAAGAGAGAAGUAGUUAUGGCAGCAGAGAUUACAACAGUCGAAAUGGUGACAGCUUGAGAAGAGGAAGUAGAGAAACAUUCAGGGCCAGAGGAACUACAACCAGCAGCAGUGGUGGUGGUGGUGGCGCACGAAGAUUUGACAGCAAUUCACGCUUCCGCUCAAGAUCUCCAGUACCAAGACGUUAAAGAUAAGAAGAUGAAGAAUAAACAAUGCAAACUUACUAACCAGUAUUUGCACUAAUUGACUGAUUUUAUCUUGUAUAUUUAUCUUCAGUGUAAUUACACCAAUAUCGAUUUAUUAUUAUGGAUAUUACUUUAAGUUUCAAACAGAAAAUUUAAUUUUUGUAUCUAAUUUAUUUUUAUUUAUAUUCUAACUUGAGUAAGAAUCUCUGUAGUACAAAAAUUAUAAUGAGUGAACCCAAAUAGAUAUUUAAAUUGAAUAACAUUAGUGCAUACAAUCAAUUGAUCAAACAGCAAUACUUAGGAGAUUAUGCACCCCAAUGAUGCAUAAAAAUGUUUCAAUAAAAGUUUGAAAAUUC